ACAUUUCAUUCAACAAGUCCAAGCUUUUUUUUUUCCAUAAACACCCAAAGUAAAACGAGUGGAGACUUUGAGACAACAUCUUUUAGGUCCCCCCCCAAAAAAGGGUUUGUAAGAGAAAUGGCUACUUUCCCAGUGAUCAACUUAGAGAAGCUUAAUGGUGAUGAGAGAUCAAGAAUCAUGGAGCAAAUCAAGGAUGCCUGUGAAAACUGGGGAUUUUUUGAGGUGAUGAACCAUGGGAUUCCACAUGAUUUUAUGGACUCUGUUGAGAGGUUAACGAAAGAACAUUACAAGAAAUGUAUGGAACAAAGGUUUAAAGAACUGGUAGCAAGCAAGGCUCUUGAAGGACUUGAGGCUGAAGUUACGGAUAUGGAUUGGGAAAGUACAUUUCACUUGUGCCAUCUCCCUGAAUCAAACAUGGCUGAAAUCCCAGAUCUCAGCGAUGAAUAUAGGAAAGUGAUGAAGGAAUUUGCAGUGAAAUUGGAGAAACUAGCAGAGGAGUUGUUGGAUUUGUUUUGUGAGAAUAUUGGAUUAGAGAAAGGGUAUUUGAAAAAGGCGUUUUAUGGGGCAAAAGGUCCAACCUUUGGCACCAAAGUUAGCAACUAUCCACCAUGUCCGACCCCAGACAAAAUCAAGGGACUCAGAGCCCAUACUGAUGCAGGUGGCAUCAUCUUGCUGUUCCAAGACCCCGUCGUCGGCGGCCUUCAGCUUCUUAAAGACGGCGAGUGGGUCGAUGUUCCACCGCUCCGCCACUCCAUCGUCAUCAACCUCGGUGAUCAGCUCGAGGUGAUCACCAAUGGCAAGUACAAGAGUGUGGAGCACCGAGUCAUAGCCCAAACCGAUGGAACUCGGAUGUCUUUAGCUUCAUUCUACAACCCCGGCAGCGACGCUGUCAUCUAUCCGGCGCCGGCGUUGGUGGAGAAAGAAGCUGAGGAAAAGAACAAACAGGUUUACCCCAAAUUUGUGUUUGAAGAGUACAUGAAACUGUAUGCAGGACUGAAAUUCCAGGCCAAGGAACCAAGGUUUGAAGCCAUGAAAGCGAUGGAAGCUACUGCUCCCAUUGCAACAGCUUAAAAUAAAAAUAUUAUAACUUAGCUUUUGACUUUGUGGAAAGGAAGAAAAAGGUGUUUCAGUGUUCAUCCUAUAUCGUAGAUGGGUGUUGUUUGCACUGUUGAAUUUAUUAUUGUAAACGACAAUUCUAUUAUAUAAUAAUAAUAAAAAGGAUUUUUGUCUCAA